AUUUUUCGCGCUCACAGCUGGAAAGCACAAGCUGCAGCUCUAGCAGCGGAGAUCGCAAGGUAAUGGAGUGUGCAUUGGACGUCUCGUCAGCAAGUGCCCUGGCCUUACCGUGCCUGGACCUGAGCAAGAGGGACAUGUCUGAGCUUCCAGAGAUGGAAGGUUGUGAGCACCUGAGGUGUCUUUAUCUGGAGGGGAAUCGCCUGUCGCAGCUCCCACCCUCUCUGUUCUCCUCAUGCCCCCACCUACAGUGGCUGGACCUCAGAAAUAAUCGCCUAACUCACCUCCCACAGUUCAUACAACGUUUUAGGGAUUUGAAGACACUUCUGCUGCAGGGAAACAGACUCACUGCUCUUCCUACUCAGCUGGGAGAGCUGCAGCAGUUGAGUGGUCUGGGUCUGGCUGACAAUCCCCUGUCCUUCCCACCUCCUGAGGUGGUGAGGAAGGGAACCAGUGGAGUGCUCAGCUUCCUCAGAGCCCAGCACCAGUUUCCAGGAGAGCCACAGAGGAGAGUGGAGAUGGGGUAGAGGAAGAGAAGGAUACUGAUAGCGAGGAGGAAUCUACUAUGCUGCCUCAUCAGCCUCUCAAGCAAACUACAUUAGCUCCAAAUGGUGAGAUAAAACCUUGUACUGUCCCAGCAAUACUUGAACCAAUGCAUGCUGUACGAUGUCACCAUACAUUCAGAGAGGUGCCACACAAACUCCAUUGAGUCCUGCUUUGGGUCAGGACCGCUAGUGCCGAAACAGGCUCACAUCCACCCUCACCCUCCUCCCUCCUCACCUCCUUACCAACGCCAAGCAGGAAAGAGGGGAAGGAGAAAGAUAGAUGCUAUCGAUGUGAAAAGGGGAGCUGGAGGAAGGAGUGGAGGGGAGAUGAGGGAAGGUGGCCAGGCGAGGCUGGGAGAAAGGCAAGGGAGAGUAAUCGUUCAUGUCCCUCCACUCACUUCCGAAGAGAAGCUACAAGCAAACACUGCAAUAGAAAAACAAAGGAGUAAGGAGAGAUUGGAACAGUGGAGGGAAGAGGCAAGACUGGACCACCUGAAACCACUGUCGGGAGGCUCCACAGCCAGUGACACUGCACCGUAUGCCACUGACAGACAGCACAGCCCCACAGCAAAGGCUGGUCAAGAUCUGACUCUGGCCUCUCCCCUCAGUGAUCAUGGGGAGGUGGCAAGAAAGAGAGUGGAGCACUACAACACGGCCCUGCAGACCCAGCGCAGACAGGCAGGACUCAUCUCGGAUGCCUCCUCUGACCUCCUGGAGGCGGAGAGGAGACUGGCUGAGGCUCUGGCCCAGCGGGACGAGAUGGAGGAGAAGAAGAAGAGAGCGUACAGACUGACUGCUUUCACUGCAGAUCCAUAUCUACUGUGAUUGUCACCUACACAACACAUACACAGUCUAAAUAGUGCCUGUCUCUCCCUCAGCCAGACUCCAUUGCAUAGAUUUUCCUUAGAAGCACAUGCACAUAACCUUGCCAAAAUACACUGUAAUUGUUUAGCAAAUUCACCUGCAUUUUAUAGAUGAGCCCUCUGCCAGCAAUUAUUGUUGGGACUCCUCGGGA